UGAAAGGAUUCCUUGCUUUAUAACUGCUUGAUCCCUCCAUAGAGAGAGAGGCUUGUUGCACCCAAAGCCAUCAUAAUCGCAUCCAGAGUCCAGACUCACGAUGACGGACCUCGUCGACAUCCCAGAGCCUCGCGGCCUGCCCCUGCUGGGCAACCUGUUCGACAUCAACGAGGAGUUCCCCCUGGGCUCCAUGGUCCACCUGGCCGACCAGCACGGCGAGAUCUACCGCCUCAGCCUGCCCGGGCGCACCAUUGUCUUUGUCUCGUCGCAGGCCCUCGUCCACGAGACGUGCGACGAGAAGCGCUUCGUCAAGAGCGUCAACAAGACGCUCGAGCAAGUCCGCAACGGCAUUGGCGAUGGCCUCUUCACCGCCCACAACGAGGAGGAGAACUGGGGCAUCGCGCACCGCGUGCUCAUGCCCGCCUUUGGGCCGCUGUCCAUCCGUGGCAUGUUUGACGAGAUGCACGACAUUGCCUCCCAGCUCGCCCUCAAGUGGGCGCGCGCCGGCCCCGACGCCGCUAUCGAUGUCGUCGACGACUUCACCCGCCUCACCCUCGACACCCUCGCCCUCUGCUCCAUGGGCUACCGCUUCAACAGCUACUACUCCCAGGAGAUGCACCCCUUCAUCGAGGCCAUGGGCAACUUCCUCACCGAGGCGGGCGAGCGCAGUCGACGGCCCCCGCUGCCCCAGGUCUUCUACAAGGCGAAAAACGAAAAGUUCGCACACGACAUUGACGUGAUGCGCAAGACCGCCCAGGGCGUGCUUGACGCGCGGAGGGCCGGCAACGAGGAACGCCAUGAUCUGCUCGACGCCAUGCUCAAGGGCGUCGACAAGCAGACCGGCAAGAAGAUGACGGACGAGAGCAUCAUGGACAACCUCAUCACCUUCCUCAUCGCCGGCCACGAGACCACGUCCGGCAUGCUUUCCUUUGCCUUUUACCAGCUCCUCAAGCACCCCGAGGCCUACGAAAAGGCCCAGCGCGAGGUCGACGAGGUCAUUGGCAAGGACCCCAUCACCGUCGAGCACAUGUCCAAGCUGCCCUACAUCACCGCCGUCCUGCGCGAGACGCUGCGUGUCAACGCGACCAUCCCCCUCUUCACCGUCAUGCCGCGCGAGGACACCGUCAUCGGCGGCAAAUACGCCGUCAAGGCGGGCGAGAUCAUUGUCGACCUCCUCGCCAAGUCCCACCUCGACCCCAACGUCCACGGCGACGACGCCCUCGCGUUCCGGCCCGAGCGCAUGCUCGACGACGAGUUCAACCGUCUCAGCCAGGAGUUUCCCGACUUUUGGAAGCCCUUUGGCAACGGCAUGCGCGCCUGCAUCGGUCGCCCCUUUGCCUGGCAGGAGGCCCUGCUCGUCAUGGCCAUGCUGCUGCAGAACUUCAACUUUGUCCUCGACCCAAAAUACAUUUACAACGUCAAGCAGACCCUCACCAUCAAGCCCAAGGACCUCCACAUGCGCGCCAUCCUCCGCGACGGCAUGAACCCGACCACCCUCCAGGGCCGCCUCCUGGGCAUGACCAAGGGCACCAAGGGCGGCAGCAAGGGAGACGACGACGCAGCGGCGGCUGAUGGCUACGGCAAGCCCAUCACCAUCCUCUACGGCUCCAACAGCGGCACGUGCGAGGCCCUCGCGCAGAGAGUCGCCACAGAUGCCCCCAUGCAUGGCUUCCGCGCCGCCAAGGUCGACUGUCUGGACAGUGCAAAGGGCCAGCUCCCGACAGACCAGCCCGUCGUCAUCGUUACGGCGUCCUACGAGGGUCAACCACCAGACAAUGCAGGCCAUUUUGUCGCCUGGCUGCAGAACCGCGAGCCAGACAGCCUCAAGGACGUCAAGUACACCGUCUUUGGCUGCGGACACCGGGACUGGGUCCAGACCUACCACCGCGUGCCCAAGCUUGUCGACGAGCACCUCGAAAAGGCUGGCGCGCAGCGGGUGGCCGAUAUGGGUCUCGCCGACGCCUCCUCGGGUGACAUCUUCACCGACUUUGAGGCCUGGGAGGACCACACCCUCUGGCCCUCGCUGGCCAAGACCUUUGGCGUCUCCAGCGACGACGCCCCCGAGGCCAAGUCGGCCGCCGCCGUCAAGGUGGCCGUCUCCGCACCGCGCAUCACCACACUCCGCCAGGACGUUGCCGAGGCCACCGUGAUCAGCGCGCAGGCGCUCACCCCGGACGACGACAGACGCCACAUUGAGAUCAAGCUGCCCGAAGGCAUGACCUACUCGGCCGGUGACUACCUCGCCAUCCUGCCCAUCAACCCCCGGGAGACGGUCCAGCGCGCGCUGCGGAGGUUCAAGCUCGCGCGCGAUGCACACUUGGAGAUCACGACGGAUGGCGGCCUCGUCGCGUUGCCGACGAAUACGUCCAUUCCCGCCAACGACGUCCUCGGCUCGUAUGUCGAGCUGGCGCAGCCCGCCACCAAGAGGAAUAUCCUCGCCAUCGCGGAGUACGUCGCGGACGGAUCCGUCAAGUCGACACUCGAACACAUGGCCGGUGCCGGCUACGACCAAGAGGUCAAGGCCAAGAGACUCUCUGCCCUGGCGAUAUUAGAACGCUUCACAGAGGUCGACCUCCCCAUUGGCGUCUUUCUCUCCAUGCUGCCUCCCAUGCGCGUUCGUCAGUACUCCAUCUCCUCCUCUCCCCUCUGGAAACCCAACCACGCCACCGUCACCUACACCGUCCUCAACAAGCCCUCCCUCUCCGGCGAGGGCGCCCACAUUGGCGUCGCCACGUCCUACCUCGCCUCCCUCAUGGAGAACGACACCCUACACGUGGCCAUCCGUCCCUCCCACGCCGCCUUCAGCAUGCCCUCCAACCCAGAGACCACACCCGCCAUCUACAUCGCCGCCGGCAGCGGUCUCGCUCCCUUCCGCGGCUUCACGCAGGAGCGCGCCGCCAUGCUCGCCGCGGGUCGUAAACUCGCGCCCGCCAUGUUCUUCUUCGGCUGCCGCGCCCCGGACAACGACGACCUCUACCGCGACGAAUUUGACGCGUGGGAGAAGAUGGGCGCCGUUAGCGUGUAUCGCUCGUAUAGCCGCGCGCCAGAUCAGAGCGAGGGUGCCAAGCACGUCGACGACAUUAUGCAGGUGCACAAGGACAAGCUCAUUGAUCUCUGGCGGCAGGGUGCCAAGGUGUACGUGUGUGGCUCCCGGGGCGUUUCUGAGUCGGUGCGGCUGGCGAUUAUGAAGCUCAAGAUGGAGAAGGAUGGCUCGGAGGAUGAGGAGGGCACAAAGGAGUGGUUUGAGAGCCAGAGGAACGUGCGCUAUGUGGCGGAUAUUUUUGACUGAGCGUUGGGGGUGAGAGAUAGCAUAUGUGAUACCAAUUUCUGAGAGAUAUAAGAGUAA